UCGAGUAGCCCUCCUAUUUGCUACGGAGUAUUUCCGUUCCAGAUAGAAAGCGAACUACGGAAAAGUGCCCUCAAACCCACGAACGGAAGUCGCCGAGAGAGAGGCCAGAAGGAAGCUGCGGAGAGAGAGGCGUCGUCGCCUGCCUGCACGCUCCACUGCUGAUGCCCGCCAGUCACCGAGAGAGAGACGCCGCUGCCCGCUAGUCACCGAGAGAGAGACGCCGCUGCCCGCCAGACGCCACCUCGCCGGAAAUUCUCCAGCCUCCAGGUCCCGGAGUCCAGAGGUAGUCUUCCUGCACAAUCAUCUUCCAAGAUGUCAUUCAUGAAGGGAGAUCUGCUAAGGAGAACCCAAAAACUUGUCAAGGGAUUCGCUAAAGCUGAGCCUGUCUGGCUCAAAGCCAUGGAACAUGCACCACCGGCCACAUUUCCUCGUGCAGAGAAUAAAAUCAAACCCAUUACUCUCCCCGAGGAUGUUUAUGUAAAGAAGUUCUUUAAGAAGAAUCCUUACUCUUUGCCCGAGGAUCCAAUCGACUUCCGUGGGUUUGACCCACCUCCAGCGCGCUUAUUUGGAUGUCGGGUGGUUGAGUUGAAGGAAAAAGGAGCAGAUGAAAGUGAUGCUAUGGCUGUGGCUCAGCUGGAGUAUCAAACGGAGAAGAGUGCAAGAAAGAAGGCGUAUAGGCGAUUGAAGAAAAUCGCACGCCUUCAAGGAAAGGAACCACCUCCCAACCCCUACCCUAAAGCGUACAAGGAGAUACAGGAAGAAGAGAGGCCAUUUGUGCGAGAGCGCUUCAACAAUCACAACAUUAUCAGAAUUGCAGAGAAACUUAAAGAAGAAAGAGAAGCCGAGUUGCAAGAGAGAGGGGUGGGGCGAGGGGGUGGCCGGUGGUAAAACCAGCCACUGCGUUUCCUUGUUGUCUUUCUUUCUCAAGUUGAUGGCUGUGUUCGUUCCCUGUAAUAACACACUCCCUUUUGUGCGGUUCAAAAAGGAACAGAUGGGAAAAACAGCAUGCAGCAGACAAAGUUCAUAUUGCUUAGUUUUCGUUCCGGUAUUAUUUUGCUCCCAUAUGGAUCCAAUUCUAAUUGAGUCGACAUAAACAAAAUAUAUUGGGAUUGGCUCUGGUCAUAUGUCUUGGUGAGAUGACAUGCUACAGUUUAAUGAUGGAAAGCUUACCAUUGCCAACUAUUCCUUUUGUCCCAAAAUGAUAUACUUUUUUAUUGUUGUGGUCUGUCGAUAACUUUUAUUUGUUAAAAUGUUUUCAUUGAUCAUUUGAUAAAAUAAAAUAUUCUUGUCAUCUUUUAUUUUUUAGAAUAUUUAAUGUAGUUAUUAAAUAUGUAAGUUUUGU